AGAGUCAUGGUGAGAAAGAGGAGAGAGCAACAUCAAACAGCCAAACAGGACAGAGGAUAGAAGAGAGGGAGUCUGUGAGACUGCAUAGACAAAGUGAGACGAGAGAGUUUGGCACUUUGAUUGCCAAAGUCACCAUCAGUCACCAUCAGAUCACUGAUUAUGGGAAUGCUGAGGACAUCGGUGGCCUUUCUUCUUCACAUGGCUGCCUCUUUGGCGGCCCCUAUGCCGUGUGAAGAGAAGGUGGUCCUUCUGGAAGAACAGAUCCAAGGUCUGAAGAACGUGAUCAACGACCAGCAUCGCUACAUCCAGGAGCUCCACAACAGCCAGGCCCUGCAGCUGGAGCGCAUACCCAACUCACAUCUGGGCCCUGAGAACCUCCAUGGAGACUGCUCCGAGGUGUUUGCAGAUGGUAACGUGGCCAGUGGGCUGUAUGUGAUUCGUCCAGACGGCUCUCCCACCUCACUGAGCGUCUACUGUGACAUGAACAAUGGAGGAGGAUGGACUGUCUUCCAGAGGAGGAGAGAUGGCAAAGAGAGCUUUGACAGAGCGUGGGUGGAGUACAAGCAUGGAUUUGGAGACCUCUACUCCCCUGAUGGAGAAUUUUGGCUGGGCAAUACACUUCUACACGAUCUCACCUCCAGAGGAAACUACGACCUGCGGAUCGACAUGGAGGACUUUGAGGGUAAUCAGCGCUAUGCAGAGUACAAGAACUUCAAAGUGGAUGAUGAAAAGGACCAAUACCAGUUACAUGUGGGAGACUACACUGGGAAUGCAGGGGACGCCCUGGCUGACGUCCACAGCCUCCCCAGUCCAAGCUUGGGGUCAAGCGGGGUCAAGUUCAGCACCUAUGACCAACUGAAUGACGGCGACGCGGAAAACGACGCCAGGUGUCUCAGACACAGCAAGUCAGGCUGGUGGUUCAGCAGGUGUGAUUCAGGCAACCUUAACGGUCACUACUACAACGGGCCGUACCAAGCGAUGACCGAUGACGGGGUGGUGUGGUACACAUGGCAUGGUUGGUGGUACUCAAUCAAAUCCGUUGUCAUGAUGGUACGAGCCGCCGACCUCGAGCGUCCACCACCGGUCAUCACCCAGUGACCUGGACAACUCAACCCCAGCAAAGCAGCAUGUGACGCCAUCGAUGCUACUCAUGGCCAAUAGGCCAUGUUUAUUUUAAUAUUCAAAUAAAACAAUGUUGCUUUAA